AUGAACCGGCCGGGACUCUGCGCGGGGCUCUACUGGCUACUGCUGCCGCUCGCCCUGCUCGCCGCCUGCCUUUUCCGCUACAAUGUCCUCUCCCUGGUGUACCUGCUCUUCCUGCUGCUGCUGCCCUGCUUCCCGGGGCCCUCCCCACACUUCACCACAGGUCACACCACCCGCAUCCUCAAAGCUCUGCUGGGGACCAGCAUCAUCUUCCUCCUCGCCCACCUGGUUUUCCAGAUAUGCCUGUACACUCUGCCCGUCCUGAAGCAGCUGCUGGGGGACAGCUGCAGCUCCUGGGAGGUCCUUGCUCGGCACAUUGGGGUCACCAGGCUGGAUUUGAGUGACAUUCCUAACUCAGUGAGGCUGGUGGCACCCGACGUUGGCAUCCUGCUGGUCUCGUCCCUGUCCCUGUGCCUGUGUGGCCGCCUCAGCCCUGCCACCUCCAGACGGAAUCCUGAGUCCCUGGAAUCCUCUGAGUGGGUGAGAGCCACCCCCACUGCCAUGGGGACAUCCCACCACGGGGACAUCCCACCAUCCACACCCCAUGCACUGGGGUGUCCCUGUCCCUUCCCCGGGCACAGCCUGGGGCUUGGCAUGGGGACACCCCCAGUGGUCAGGGACCCAGUUUGGGGCAGUUUUGGCCAGCUUGAAGGGCUUGAUAAACACGGCCAGGUGCCGGGCACUGUGCCCACCUGGACGGCCACCCCUGCCCUCCCCGGAGCGGGGAAACUGAGGCACGGCCAGGAGCUGCCCGGGAUGAGGUUGUGGAGCUCACAGCAGCCCGGUUUUCCCUGGCAGAGGGAAGGGAAGGAUGCGGGGCGGCAGCGGCGUGCGGCCAGCAGGGACACGCGGCUGAGGAGGCGGCUGAGGGACAAGGCUCACUGGCUGCUCUGGGAGGCUGGCAAGGGCCUGGCCAUCCUGCUGCUGGCCUUGGCAGGGAUCACCCUGCCCUCUGCCUCCUCCUCCUUCUACUUCCUGCUCUUCAUGGGGCUGUGCACGUGGUGGUCCUGUCACCUGCCGAGCAGCCAGCGGGCCUUCAAUGUCCUCUGCAUCCUCGUGGGCAUCUACAGCGCCUGCCACCUGCUGUGCCUCUAUGUGUACCAGACCCCCUUCGUCCAGGGGCUCUUCCCACCCCCCACAAUCUGGGCACGGGCGUUUGGCUUCAAUGACAUCAUCCAGUACUACAACUGCUCCCAGCCCAACACGCUGGACCUCAACACCAGCCACCCCUGGCCUGUCUAUGCCAACCCUGGCAUCCUGCUGCUGCUCUACUACGCCAUGGCCACCCUGGUGAAGCUGCACUGGCUGGAUGCCAAGAGAGCCGUGUCACCAGCACAGCCGUGCCCCAGGGACCUGGUGGAGCUGGAGAGUUGGCCCAGGGACACUCAGCAGGUGGCCGAGGACACCAAGCCCAUGCUGUCCCCCAACACCGGGAAGCCGAGCAGCAGCAGCAGCGAGAACUGCACCGUCCACAUCCUGAGCCCAUCCCGGGGCCGCCUGACGCCGCAGGCCGUGGCAGGCAGGAGGCACCCGGCAGCCUGGCUGCCCCUGCACAGCCUGGGCCACGUCCUCAUGAAACAGAGCUACGUGUCUGCCCUCAUCGCCAUGAUGGUGUGGAGCAUCAUCUACCACAGCUGGCUGACGUUCGUGCUGCUGGUGUGGGCGUGCCUGAUCUGGACGGUGCGGAGCCGCCGGCACUUCGCCAUGAUCUGCUCGCCCUUCCUGGUGCUCUACGGCAUCACCCUGUGCACGCUGCAGUACGUGUGGGCCAUGGAGCUCGUCCCCGAGCUGCCCACCCGCAUCAGGUUCAUGCACCUGCACCCGCUCGGGCUGGUGCACCCCAGGUACCCCUGCACUGCCCUGGCGGCCAAGCUCGUGUUCACCCUCACCUUCUGGAUGCUGCUGCGGCAGUUCGUUAGGGAGAAGGUGCUAACGAGGAGAUCCCCGAGCACCCCACUCAUGGAGGUGUCAGUCACGGACACAGACUCCAGGCAGAUGCGGGAUGUGCUGCAGAGCCUGGGCGAGCUGGUGAAGAAUUUCUUUGCCAAGUUCUGGAUCUGUGUGUGCGCUGCCAAGCUCAUCGUGAUCACCUUCACCGGCCGCCUCGUCAUCUACAAGAUCGUCUACAUGCUCCUCUUCCUGCUCUGCCUCAUCCUGUUCCAGGUGUACUACAGCCUGUGGCGCAAGGUGCUCAAGGGUUUUUGGUGGCUGGUGGUGGCCUACACCAUGAUGGUGCUCCUCGCCAACUACACCUACCAGUUCGAGGAGUUCCCCAUGUACUGGAAGAACCUGACACGCCUCAGUGAUAACGAGCUGAGUGACGUGGGCCUGGAGCAGUUCAGCAUCUCCAGGCUGUUCUCCAGCAUCAUCAUGACGGGUUUCUUCCUCCUGGCCUGCACCCUCCAGCUGCACUGCUUCCACGAGCCCUUCAUGCGCAUCACUGACAUGGCAAACAUCCGUGCCCCCUCUCCGGCCCCCUGCCACAUCCCCAGGUCUGAGGAGCUGCAGGGGAGCCGCCUGCUGCGGGAUGCGGCCGCUGCCGAGACCACCCAGUCCAGAGACUCCGACACCGACUCCCUGGAGUCCAGCAAAUGGGGGCUGGUGCUGGAGCGCCUGAUCGUGCUGGGCCAGACCUUCUCAGACAUGGUGACACGUGGGGAGGUGUUCCUGAGGCGCGUGCUGGAGCUCCACGUCGUCAAGAUGGUGGCUCUCUACACGGUCUGGGUGGCCCUGGAGGAGGUCUCGCUGAUGAAUUUCUUGCUGGUGCUGCUGUGGGCCUUGGCCAUGCCCUACUGCCGCUUCCGCCACAUGGCCUCGUGCCUCUCCACCAUCUGGACCUGCAUCAUCAUCGUCUGCAAGAUGCUCUACCAGCUCGAAUUCGUGGACCCCGAGGAGUACUCCAGCAACUGCACCCAGCCCCUCCCCAACAGCACCAACCUGACCCCAGAGGAGCUGGCCAACUCCACGCUGUACCGUGACCUCGUGGACCCUGCCAACUGGUUCGGCGUCCGGAAGGGCUUCCCCAACUGGGAUUACGUCAAGAACCACCUGCAGGUGCUGCUGCUGCUGGUGUUCGAGGCCGUGGUGUACCGGCGCCAGCAGUACCACCGCAAGCAGCACCAGCUGGUGGCCCCUGUCACCGAGACCAUCUUCGAGGACAUCUCCCGUGAGCACCUCGACCUCGGCAUCGUCAGCUGUGCCAAAUACUUCAUCAACUACUUCUACUACAAGUUUGGCUUGGAGAUCUGCUUCCUGAUGAUCGUGAACGUGAUCGGGCAGCGGAUGAACUUCCUGGUGAUCCUGCACGGCUGCUGGCUCGUGGUGAUGCUGACGCGGCGGCGGCGCGCGGCCAUCGCCCGCCUCUGGCCCAAGUACUGCCUCUUCCUCGUCAUCUUCUUCCUCUACCAGUACCUGCUGUGCCUGGGCAUGCCACCUGCUCUCUGCAUUGACUAUCCCUGGCGCUGGAGCGACAGCAUUCCCCUCAACUCAGCACUUGUCAAGUGGCUUUACCUGCCCGACUUCUUCCAGGCUCCCAAAUCCACCAACCUCAUCAAUGAUUUCAUGCUGCUGCUGUGUGCAGCCCAGCAGUGGCGUGUGUUCGAGGCCGAGCGCUCCGAGCCCUGGCUGAGCGCGGCUGGGGACAACUCGGACCGGCUGGACCGGGAGCAGGACCACUACAACCCCACCCCAAACUUCAUCUACUGCAAAUCCUACCUGGACAUGGUGAAGGUGGUGGUGUUCCGUUACCUCUUCUGGGCUGUCCUCGUGGUGGUUUUCAUCACUGGUGCCAACCGGAUCAGCCUCUUUGGCCUGGGCUACCUGCUGGCCUGCUUCUACCUGCUGCUCUCGGGCACUGCCAUGCUGCGCAAGCCGGCCCGUGCCCGCCUGGCGCUCUGGGACUGCCUCAUCCUCUACAACAUCACCAUCAUCAUCUCCAAAAACAUGCUGUCGCUCCUGUCCUGCGUCUUCGUGCAGCAAAUGCAGAGCAACUUCUGCUGGGUGAUCCAGCUCUUCAGCCUCGUCUGCACUGUCAAGGGCUACUACAACCCCAAGGCGAUGCCCAAGGACCACGACUGCACGCUGCCCGUGGAGGAGGCUGGCAUCAUGUGGGACAGCAUCUGCUUCUUCUUCCUCCUGCUCCAGCGCCGCAUCUUCCUCAGCUCCUACUACUUGCACGUCAUGUGGAACCUCCAGGCCUCCGCCCUGCAGGCUUCCAGGGGUGUGGCAUUGUUCAAGGCCAGCAUCGUGAAGAGCCUGCACGCACACCGGCGAGCCGAGAAGAAGUCGCUGGACCAGCUGAAGCGGCAGAUGGAGCGGAUCCGAGCCAAGCAGCAGAAGUACCACCAGGAGAGGCUGCCCCGCAGCACCAGCCUGGGGCAGGAAGGGGCCAGACCAGGUGAGAGCCAUGGGGACCCUCCCCUGUCCCCAACUCCUUUCUGGACACACGGGUGGCACUGUGACCCAUCACUGACACCCAUCGUGGUGGAGCCCUGCAGGCUGGGUGCCCUGAGUGUGGCCAUCCUCAGCCCCAUGUGCCAUCCCACAGAGUCUGGUGACCCCACAGACCCAUCCCGGGAGAGGGAGCGCUGGUGGCAGCCAUGGUCAGACCAUGCCACAGUGCUGCAUUCCGGGGAAUAUUUCCUCUUCGAGUCGGACAGCGAGGAGGAGGAGGAGGUGCAGGAGGAGCCACGGCCAGAGAGGCCGAGCGCCUUCCAGCUCGCCUACCAGGCCUGGGUGACCAACACCAGGACGGUGCUGAGGCAGCAGGAGCAGCCUGAGCAGCCUGAGUCACCCAGCACUGAGAGCAUUGCAGAGGAUGGCAUAAGGAGAGAGGUGGAGGCUCCUGAGGAGGCUGAAAGCCGGGAGGAAGAGACCAUGGAAACUUCUGAGCGCAGCAACGUCUUGCAGCGGGCACUGAACACGCUGAGGUUCCUGUGGCUGCUGUGCCAGGCCCUGGUGGACGGGCUGACCCAGUGGCUGGACACCUGCACCCAGGAGCACAGGGACAUGUCCCGUGUGCUGCGCCUCGAGAGAUGCGUCAUGGCAGAGCGCCUGGCCAGGGGAGAGGAGAUCAACGAGAGGUUCCCAGAUGAGCUCUAUGUGCUGCCGGAGGAGUUACCGGAGGAGCUGAGCCCGUCUGCCUCCUUGGCUGCAGAUUCCCAAAGCAGCACUUCCAGCAGCCAGGAGCAGGCGGCAAGCCUGGAGGACGUGGCUGAUGCUCAGCAGUUCCUGGCCGUGCCCCAGCAGCGCAGGCGGACGGCCAGUGAGCUCCUCAAGAGCAGGAGGUUGUGUGUCUCCGAGCUGGAGGAGUCAGAGCAGUUUUACCAAUCCCACAACCGGUUCCUGAAGCUGCUGCUGGCUGGGUACCGCUGUGUGACCGCCCACUCCGAGCUGCUCUGUUACUUCGUCAUCAUCCUCAACAACAUGGUCACUGCCUCCAUCAUCUCCGUCUUCCUGCCCAUCCUCGUCUUCCUCUGGGCCAUGCUCUCCAUCCCCCGGCCCACCAAGCGGUUUUGGAUGACGGCCAUCAUCUUCACCGAGGUGAUGGUGGUGGUCAAGUACCUCUUCCAGUUUGGGUUCUUCCCCUGGAAUGGCUACAUCACCCUGCUGCGCCACGAGGGCAAGCCCUUCUUCCCACCACGCAUCCUGGGCUUGGAGAAGUCCACCCACUACAUCAAGUAUGACCUCGUGCAGCUCCUGGCCCUCUUCUUCCAUCGCUCCCUGCUGCUGUCCUUUGGGCUGUGGGAGAGCAAGGAAGGGGAGGAGAAGCCAGAGGAAGCCGUGUCUGCACCACCAGCCGUGGCUGAGGAAGGGCUGGAGGAGGAGAGCACUGGGGCCACACAGCUCCGCUUCAGGAGGAGGAGGCAGCAGGAGAGGAAGACCCUGGAGAUGGUUCCAGUGGAAGGGGAUGAGGAGGAGGAUGAGGAAGAGGAGGAGGAAGUGUCAGAAGAGAGCCACGCUCACAGGAAGCUGAGGGAGUUUGGCUUGCGGGUCAAGGGCUUCUUCCUCACCAUGGCACGGAACAUGUACCAGCCAGUGCGCAGGUUCUUCCAGGACAUCCUGGACACUCAGAACCAUGCAGCCACCGACGUCUACGCCUACAUGUUCCUGGCUGACGUGGUCGACUUCAUCAUCAUCAUCUUCGGCUUCUGGGCCUUUGGGAAAUACUCGGCGGCCGCCGACAUCACCUCCUCGCUGUCGGAAAACCAAGUGCCGGAGGCUUUCCUGUUCAUGCUGCUCUUCCAGUUCACCACCAUGGUCAUCGACCGUGCCCUCUACCUCCGCAAGACUGUGCUGGGCAAGCUCAUCUUCCAGGUCACCCUGGUCUUUGGCAUCCACUUCUGGAUGUUCUUCUUACUGCCUGCCGUCACCCAAAGGUUGUUCCGCCAAAACACGGUGGCCCAGCUGUGGUAUUUUGUGAAGUGCAUCUACUUUGGUCUGUCGGCCUACCAGAUCCGCUGUGGCUACCCCACCCGCAUCCUGGGCAACUUCCUCACCAAGAAAUACAACCACCUCAACCUCUUCCUCUUCCAGGGGUUCCGCCUCGUGCCCUUCCUGGUGGAGCUGCGGGCCGUCAUGGACUGGGUGUGGACGGACACCACGCUGUCCCUCUCCAACUGGAUGUGUGUGGAGGACAUCUACGCCAACAUCUUCAUCAUCAAGUGCAGCCGGGAGACUGAGAAGAAAUACCCCCAGCCCAAGGGGCAGAAGAAGAAGAAGGUGGUGAAGUACGGCAUGGGCGGCCUCAUCAUCCUCUUCCUCGUGGGCAUCAUCUGGUUCCCGCUGCUCUUCAUGUCCCUGGUGCGCUCCGUGGUGGGCGUCAUCAACCACCCCAUCGAUGUCACCGUCACCCUCAAGCUGGGGGGGUACGAGCCUCUGUUCAGCACGAGCUCCCAGCAGCAAUACAUCCAGCCCUUCACCCCCGAGGACUACGACGAGCUCACCGCGGAGUUUGAGAGCGAGCCGUUGGCCAUGCAGUUCAUCACCCUCUACGGUGACGAGGACAUCGUGACCGCGCGAGUCGAGGGCAGCUCGGGCUCGCUGUGGAGCAUCAGCCCCCCCAGCCGCGAGCAGAUGCGGCUGGAGCUGCAGAACGGCUCCUCCGACAUCACCGUGCACCUCUCCUGGAGCUUCCAGAGGGACCUGGGCAAGGGGGGCACGGUGGAGAACGCCUACGGCAAGCACAGCACAGAACUGGAGCCUGGCGCACACCAGCGCCUGGAGCUGGCCCAGAUGCUGGAUGGCAGCAGGGAUGACCCCGUGGUAUUGCCCAAACUCUUCCCCAAAUACAUCCGGGCGCCCACUGGCCUCGAAGCUGAACCUGUCAAGCAGCUGCUGCCAGAUGACGUGGAGAGCUACCUGGACGUGGAGGUGCAGCUGAAACGGGAGCACAGGGGCUCUGGCCCCGGUGAGCACUUUGUGGAGUGGUGGGUGCUGAGGCUGAAGGACGCCCCACCCCAGGAAGGCAACGUCCUCCCCAUGAUCAUCUUCAACGACAAAGUCAGCCCCCCCAGCCUGGGCUUCCUGGCUGGCUACGGGAUCAUGGGGCUCUACGUGUCCAUCGUGCUGGUGAUUGGCAAGUUCGUGCGGGGCUUCUUCAGCGAGAUCUCCCACUCCAUCAUGUUCGAGGAGCUGCCCUGCGUGGAUCGAAUCCUGAAGCUGUGCCAGGACAUCUUCCUGGUGCGGGAGACGGGCGAGCUGGAGCUGGAGGAGGAGCUCUACGCCAAGCUCAUCUUCCUCUACCGCUCGCCCGAGACCAUGAUCAAGUGGACACGGGAGAAGAAUUAAGGGGAAGGGGCUCCAGCCCCCCCUGACAGGGACAUCACCGCCAAUGCCUUAAGCAGCCCCCGCAGCUGGGGCUGCACCCCGGCCCGGCAGGCAGUGGGAUGUGGGGUUCUGGGCGCUCCCUUGGAGGGAGGAUGUUUUUCUGGAUGUUUUCCUCUACGUUGCUUUGAAGCCUGCACAGACCAUGUUGUGCCUUCCCGGGGAGGGGGACAGGAGGUGGCCCCCCCACCCACUGGGCACCCCUGGCUGCCAGGUAGGGAUGGGGUCGGGGUCAAGAGCCAGCCCGUGCCCCCCUCCCUGCUGGCCCCAGCCCUGCUCCAGAACCAGGUUGAAUUCAAGCAAUAGCCCCCUUCCCCCCAGCUCCAGGAUGGGGGUCCUGGGUUGUGGCCCCCCCACGUUUGAGGGGGUCUGGCAGCCCCAGUUGGACUUUAGACACUUGUGACUUCGAGUUUGUUUUGUUUUUUUUUUUUUAAUUAAUUCAAAUGGUUUAUU